AAUCACUAAAAACACUACGACGAGAUAGUUAACAUGCUUGAUUAAAAGAAAAACAGAUUCAUAAAUUUGCCGAGCAACAGAUAAGAAUUUGGCAGAAUUCAGUAUUUAAAAUAAUUGAGUACCGAGAAUUGAGUAAUAUCAACCUAUUAUUGGCUCAUUGGUAAAAAAAUGAAAAUUGAAACAACAAAUCGAUCUCAUUAUAUAAGUUAACCUGAUCCAGUGUAGAAAACUAUUGUAUAACUAAAUUAUCUCUUUCCUUGAAUUUGUUUGAAAACAGUAAAAUAUGUUAAAUUGAUUCUUUAAGACUUUCAUUAUUUCCCCAAAAAAUUAGGCGUUUCGCGCAAUUUUUUUCCUAAAAAAUGGCACGGUCUUUCCCAAAAAAUCAGAUUUAAAAAAACCUGUGACGUUAUUGAUUUGUGAAAAAAAUGGUGGAAGCAAUACGAGAGUUUAUGUGGAUAAUAGUCAGUUUAAACCUGUAAGUUUCGGAAAUCUAAAGCUUUUGAUAUUGUUGUGAAUUCGCACCAAUUUUUAAAGCUUAAGACUUCCGAAAUGUGCUGAUUUACUUGUUAUAUUCCAUUAAUUCAUAGCACAAAAUACGUUUUUUAUAAGCAUUAAAAUUCACCUUGCAAAGUGCCAAAUUAAAAAAAGUAUAUAUAUAGGGAGGGGGGACCCUUCCCAAACCCUCCCCGGUUGGGCCCCCCCAGUAAAAAAAUCCUGGGUACGGCCCUGGCAUGCUAUAUAAUGUCCCAUUAUUUUGAACUUACCCAAACAGAAUUAUUGAUAACAUAUUAUUAUUUUACAGCGGCAAAUGAAGUUUUAGUGGGGGAUAUUGGACACUCUAUCAUUGAGACACUCAAUAAGCCAUAUUUUUUGGAACUUGAGAUCAUCACAUCAACACAUGUCAGGCUAUUUACGCCACCCAAGGUUGUUGUGGUCCUUAAGACCAACACAAAACCUUUCUUGCCUUUGUCGCUGCCUACAUUUGACUGUGACAAGAUGCACAAGCACUGUACGGCAAAGGAGAGUCAAGCCCUUCCCUGUACUAGAUGGAACCGUGGAUACUUCUGACUCCCAGUUUCAAAAAAAUGUGGAAACGACACAAUCUUUGACAGCAAAUUAUGAGGAAAUUCUAGCACAGUCCCUGGCUGGUGGAGGAGAGAAGGCAAUCCUGCGGCACACAAAACAGCACAAGAAGCUGUUGGCAAGGGAAAGAAUCAAGCUGUUGGUUGACGAUGAUGCAGAAUUCCUGGAGUUGUCUCCCAUUGCAGGACAUAACAUGGAAUACGGGGAUGUGCCCAGGGCAGGGGUUAUAACUGGCAUCGGGAAGAUUUACGACAAGUUCUGUAUGAUCAUUGCCAACGAUGGGACAGUGAAGGGUGGGACGGUGUACCCAAUCACGUUGAAGAAACAGCUGCGGGCGCAGGAGAUUGCCCUGGAAAACAGACUCCCCUGUGUGUAUGCAGUGGACUCGGGAGGGGCUUUCCUGCCAUUGCAGGCAGAGAUUUUUAACCCUGGUGGGCAGACUUUCUACAAUGAAGCAGUCAUGGGGGCCAUGGGAAUUCCUCAGGUGGCUGUUGUUUGUGGCAGUUGCACUGCGGGAGGUGCAUACAUCCCCACUAUGGCAGAUGAAGCGGUUAUGGUGCAUCGCAUAGGAACCAUAUUCCUGGGGGGCCCCCCAUUGGUGCAGGCAGCGACAGGGGAGAUAAUCAGUGCCGAGGAGUUGGGAGGAGCAACUCUUCACUGCAGUGUUAGCGGGUGCACAGACUACUUUGCAGCUGAUGAGCAUGAGGCGUUCCAAACCGGGCGUGACAUUAUAGAGGGGCUGAACCUCCCAUCACAUCCAGGACGAUUGCGUACCCCUGAAGAGCCCCUGUUUGAUCCAGCAGAAAUCCCUGGCCUCAUCCCAAGACUGGAGCAGCAGAAUAUGGAUAUAAGGAAGGUGCUGUCACGUCUGGUGGAUGGGAGCAGAUUUAAUGAGUUCAAGACCCUGUGGGGAUCAACAUUGGUCACAGGGUUUGCCUAUAUACAAGGUUACUUGGUGGGUAUCGUUGCCAACGCUGGGGAGUUAAAUGACACAGCUGCAGCAAAGGGGGCACACUUUGUCAACAUGUGUUCAGAGAGAAACAUACCUCUUGUCUUUCUUCAUAAUAGUACAGACAAUACUAAUAAACCAAACUACGGGUUGCAAGGUGGAAACAUUCUCCGAGACCAUGCGAAAAUGAUGGCAGCCAUUAGCUGUGCUCGCGUACCAAAAAUAUCAAUAGUUGUCGGAAAUAGUAUAGGAACGACAAAUUACCUUAUGUGUGGUCGAUCUUGCAGUCCAAACUUUAUGUUUACCUGGCCUAAUGCUGUUAUGGGGAUACUGGAUAAAAGUCAUCUAGUAGACAACAUUAUUCAGGAUAAAUUUCAUGACAAGGAGACUUCUGUCUCUGAAAAAGAUGAGCUGAGGAAAAAGUUGCUUGAGCGCUACUCUGUUGAAAUGUCUGCAUUCUAUAUUAGCUCACGUCUCCUUGACGACGGCAUAAUAACACCGCAAAAUACUCGACAAACAAUUGGGCGAUGUUUAGAGAUCACGUUGGCGUACAGACAACACAAACAGACUCUGCAUAAUGUGACCCGAAUGUGAUAAUAAACAUGUCAAAUUAUAUAUCACUCAUAAUAGAUAUAAUUGCCUACUAAUAAACGCAAUGAAUGAAAUGACAAAUCAUGAAAAACACACUCCUCAUCGCCGAUUAUGCCUUCCAAUAACUGUGAUGCACCACAAUUAAAACACAUUAAGUAUUUAGGUUGUGCAGCUUGGACCCAUGUGGGACCCAUGUGCAGGCUGGUGUGUAGUUAGGCUUGACGCAUAAUGCAUAAGACCUAUUUUCGCAUGACGCAGGUCAUAUGUAAAAAUUCUUUCCGUCAUUCACUUUAGAGUAUCAGGUUAAAAUGACAGGUUGAUUUAUAUAAAUCAUAAAAUGUCAAGAUUCAGGGCGCAUAAUAUGUGGUCCCAUAGGUUUACAAUAUACACAGUGUGCAUUUACAUGUUCCCGUUGCACAGCGACAUGCCUCUCAUUUACAUGUUCCCGUUGCACAGAGACAUGCCUCUUAUUUGUUUAUAAUUGCGCCACGCUCUGUUAAACGGGGGUCUCAUGCAUGUGUGUGAAGUGUCUUCCCAUAUUAGCUGUAUAGGUAGUUCACGCAGGCUAAUCAGGGACGACCCUUUCCGCAUAGACUUGAUUUUUGCUAAGAAGAGAAUAUCUUAAAACGAAAAAUAUAAAAGGGGAAAGUGUAGUCCCUGAUUAGCCUGUGCGGAUUGCAUGAAACCCCCUUUUCACAGUGCAUUGUCCAAUUAUAAUUUUUAUUUUGUGUAAGUAUUCAUCUAUUAACAUUAGAGACAUGCAUCAGAUGUGUGUUUGUUAAAUGUAUUACAAGACAGAAAUAUUAUAUGAAAGGAGAAUCAAAUUAGCUUAACAAUGACGGAAUUUAAAGAACUGCUGCACGUCUAACGUUUUCAAGUUCAAUAUUGAGAUAUAACGUUGUUUACAUGUGUAUCUGUAUGUAUUGUUGAAGUAUUAAAACUAUUAACGAC